AUGGUAGUGCAACGUAACAAUAGGAUCAACACAUUGCUCUCCUAUGCCUCGUCACGCUCCCAAAACCAACCGUCUGUUCACAAAAGAAACUUCACCCCUGGCUCGUUCCCUAAUAUUCCCAACAUCCACAGGUUUCCAAAAAUCCCCGGUAUACAAAACAUCCCUCAAAUCUCAAUACCAAACAUUCCUAUCCCUCAAAUUCCGGUGAUUCCUGGACUUCCUAACAUUCCAGGUCUUCCGAGAGGAUCAUUUGGCCUGUUUCAGUCAGUUCUCGUGUCACAGUCCGCUGAGCCAGAGAACUGUUUGACAGGUGAUAAGUCUAAAGUGGGAGAGAAAUGUUUGUCGCAGAUUUUUUCGAGUUGGGCAGGGAACAAUUUCUCUUUGGACAAAGAGUGUUGUGAGCUCGUUCUGAAUAUGGACAAAAAGUUUAGGAGCUCUCUGUUUCUCGCUUCCGGUGGUGGUUUGAACCUCGAGCUUUCCUGCGGCUGA